CGGGGCAUGGAGCAGGUGUGGAGUCCGCCGGCUGCUGCUCGGUGAUCGGGACGCUCGGUAUCGGUGUGCGUGGCGUGGCCGGGGCUCAGGUGAGGGGCUCCGGGCCUUCCCGAUGACUGCCUGGGUCAUCCUCCCCGUCAGCCUGUCCGCCUUCUCCAUCGCCGGCAUAUGGAUCGUAUAUGCCAUGGCAGUUAUGAAUCACCAUGUUUGUCCUGUGGAAAACUGGUUAUAUAAUGAGUCUUGCUCUGAGGAUACUUCAAAGCAUGGCUACCCAAAAAGUUGCUGCACUAUUCAGGAUAUUCCGCUUGUCAGUAAAUGUGGUUCAUAUCCUCCUGAAAGCUGCCUCUUCAGUUUAAUUGGCAAUGUGGGUGCUUUUAUGGUGGUCUUGAUCUGUGGUCUACGCUACGGUCAGAUUUUGGAAAAGUGCCGACCAACAUGGAUUAACUCUGGCGCUCUGAUUGCUGGUUGCAUUAAUGCAAUUGGUCUCGUCAUGGUCGGAAACUUCCAAGUUGACCAUGCUAAAAGCCUACAUUAUAUCGGUGCUGGAGUGGCCUUUCCAGCAGGCAUGGUCUUUAUCUGCCUACAGUGCAUCCUGACGUAUAAAGUUGCAGUAUCGCUUCUAGAUCACUGGACAGGCCACAUCAGGGUUAUCCUCACCAUACUGGCCUUAAUAUCUCUCGUUCUCAGUGGCAUAUUUUUUAUUCAUGAGAGCUCUCUGUUCCAACAUGCUGCUGCCGUGUGUGAGUGGAUUUUUACUGUUGACGUCUUGGUUUUCUACGGGACCUUCUCCCUUGAGUUCGGUUCAAUCACCAAAGAGACAGUGCUGGCUAUUCUGAGGAGUGGACGCAGCAAGACCUCGAAAUCCCUGGGCAGCAGUGCACCUGCACACCUCAAUAAUAACCCUGAGAGCAUCGCUAUGAUUUAACUGCUCUGGUACUUGGGGUCACUGUGAGGAGGUCUCGGAUGCUGAAAACCAGGGGCACACUGGAGGCUAGGCUCUGCCUGGUCACCAGAAAUCAAGCUGUGACCCUCUGGCAUUGUUUUUACAACAACUUUGUAUCUUGGUGCAAGUCUGUGAUUUAAUUUAAUACAAGGAGGUCGACAGUGGCACAGUCUCCUCAAAUCAGUACUGUGCCACAUUUUCAAACAGCUAAUUAUUCAUCAAGCUAAACUAAACGGGUCACUAGCAUUUCCCAGAACAGCAGCCUUGGAUUAACACACAGUGACAGAAGAUUGGGACAAGAUUAUGGGUGGCAUCACCAGUCUCGUGUCACUUAUUUUUGUCAACUGAUCCUUAAAUUUAAGCUAAGUACUUUUGGAUAUACCAUUUUCAAAUUCACUCAGGCUACUUCAGUUUAUGUGUCUGCUUCUUUGUAAGGUGACUUUUUAUCUCAUCUGGAAAGCAGAGAGCUUGGGUCAAAGUCUGUGAGCUUGUGCAAAAUGCAAUCAGGCUUUCUCUCUAAUAUACCAUAUGAUUUCUUUCAUCAAAGCAACCAUAAAAAUUUCUUUUGAACUUGAAACCAGAUUAAUUGAUUUGAAAUAGGUGGAGAGGUUGCUCCAGUCCAAGGCUGGUACUGAUCAAUGCCAUGCAAUACAGGGUGAUACACUCCACUCUUUUUUUUUCAAAAAUAAAGGGAGAGCCAUUGCUCUCCCCUAGUAUAGGUAAAUGUAUCCUGUCUAUGGCAAAACUGCUAGUUUUCAGGGACAUGGAGAAGCCAAAGUUUCUCUGCCAUUUACCAAGGAAGGGAAUGCUGUAAUUUGGAAUAUGGUCCUCUUCUGCUUCUACGGGGUUACUUUCUUUCCAGAAAGGUCAAAGGGAGAGAAAUUUGGCUUGGCACUAAACCUGCAGCGUAAUUGUGGAGGGAAUUGCUGAGUGGGCAAUAAAAGGUGGCUGGGGCAGGGGUUGGGGUUAAUUUGCUCAUGCCUGUUUUGUGUUACCACCCCAGACAAAUUUUAACUGAUAAUAUACUAAUGCUCUUAAUCUGAUCAGUGUUUGAAUCCAUCCUAAAGGUACAAGGAUCAUGCCCUAUCUGAUGAGGAAAUGGUGGAUGAGGCACUAAUUUGAAUCUCAUCCUAAGUGAGAGGAAACUAUGUACCAUUAUGGAAUUGACACUCUUAUUACUAAUAGGUUUGAACUCAUCACUUCUGAAUUCAAAUCCAGCUGCUUUGUUGCUUAGAAAUGAUUCUAUUGUACAAAAUUUCACUAAUAACAACACUAAAAAUGUCACCAAGUUCUCCUUAGAGCCAGUGAAUAGAGUGAUUCAGGCUGAGUAAUAGAUAUCACCAAAGUGUUGAAGAUGCAAACCUUAGCACAGACACAGCAGACGUUGACCUUGAGAUGUAGAUUUUAGAGAAAUGAACACCCAGGUCACAGGAAGUAUAAAGUCAGCCCACACCAAUUAUCCCAACAUCCAUCUCUAAUUGCAGUAGUUUAAUGUUUAAUAUAUAUGUCAAUGAAAUAUUGUGGCUGUUCUUCUUUCAGUUAUGUACACUAUUCUACACACUGGGAGGGUUUUGUAGAACUGAUUUGUUACUGGGUUCACAGCAAAAAGAAGAUUCUCCAGGUGACUGAUUUUUGAAACCAGCCAAUAUAUUGUUGAUUGCUUAAUGAAAUGUGGCAGGAAUCAUUCAAUCCCUUCACCAAAGGUGUUGUGCUACUUGGCAGUGGCCAUGUUGUAUCCAUUGUACAGCAGAGUUCAAUAAUAUCUGCAGCCUUUCAAAGGGUCGUCUGACUGAACAGUAAGGUAAUUAACUGCCUGAUUCUAUCUUGCUAUAUAUUUAAUAGAAGAUGGAUGUAUGAAAAGUUAGAAACUCAGGGAAAAACACAACAUAAUUGAAUGGUACGUGGAUUGAGCUUGCCAAUUCGGGUUUUGACCCUUGGUCAGACAGUAUAUUUUCCUAACACACCAUGUUCACUCACACCCUUCUAUUAUUGCUGAAAUAUCAGUUUUUUUUUCUUGAAUUGCCUGCUUUGUUGGAGGUGGCAUGGUUUUUUGAGUGUUGCCUCAAGUUUUUGUUGUGACAGGAAGGACAGUACCCGAUGCUUUCUGUGAAUGUGGUCAUUAUCCAAUAAAUUGGAUGCUUGGAUUAAUGCACAACAGAACAUCUCAGCAAGGGAGGAAUAUCUGAAAUAUUAGUUAUUUCAUGAAUUAUGAACCUUCCAGCUCUAUGCCCUUUUGUAAAUUCAGUGUCUGGUGGAGCUAAUUUUUCUUCUCUCUCCUUCCCUCUAUUUUAAAUGCACUGGUUUGCUGGGAUGUGGUUUCUCAAAGCUCAUCCAAACGACUUUCUCCUCAUGCAAGAAGGUUUUCUGUGGGAGCCAGGGGGCAGCACAGCUGAGCUCACUACAUAUUUCAGUAUAUUUGCAAUGCCAUUCUGGAACUGGAGCCUGAAAAAAUGGGGAAAUGCCUAUUGAGACACAUCCUUCUACACGUCCAGUAGUAUAGUGUUUGGACUAAUACUGGACGAGUAAUCCAGAAGCCUGGACUAAUGAUCUAGAGUCCAAGAACAAAUCCUUCCAUGGUAGUUAGGGAGUCUUAAUUCUAUUUACCGGGUAAAUAAAUGAACUUCAACUACUGGAUUAUUGUUACAAAUUCAUCUAACUUGUGACCUUCAAGAAAAGAAAUCUGUUGUACAUGCCUAGUGUGGUGUUUAUGGUAUUCUAGAUAAAUGACAAGUGGCUGAUUGUUAACUGCCCUGCAAUCUUCUCAGUUCAAGAACAAUUAUGGAUGGACAAACAUUGGCAUUGCUAGCGAUGUCUGAAUUCCAUGAAUUAAAAAAAAUAUCACCAGCUAUUAUUAACCAAAAACAGACCUGGCAUUUUUGGUUAAUAAUAGCUGGUGAUAUUUGCAUAAUUUUAUUUAUUUACAGGGCUGUUGUGGGCAAAAGCUGCAGUGGACUAAUGGGGCCUCCUAUAGUUUUACAAAGUAUAUUUUGAAUAAUGAAUAUUACAUUUGAAUUUGAUCAAGUAGCUCCGUUCCAUUUAGCUGCUGGACAGCAAUAGAAAGUCAAGGAGGAAGCAGAAAUGGUGUGAAAAUCAUGAGAAGUAAAAUUACUAACUGAAUGAAUUUGCCUGCCUGGAGACUUUUUUUUUGUUCAAGGAUUAUUAAAUGGAUUCAUUCAACAUAUACAACUACAGUGACAACUGACACUCCUACUGCUUCAAAGCCUUCUGUGCCCCAGUCAUCACAGCUGAUUUAAACAAAUCUUCAAUAUUCAGAUGACGUGUACUUUGGCAUUUUAUGUUUCUAAUUAAUUUAUAAUAAAUGGAAAAAUGUUUCCUGUGAGAUUUUUAACUAAUAUUUUUACUUCUGAAUGUGUCAUUGUGCUUAAAGGAGACUUGUAUUUGUAUUGCGUUUUACAAAAGCGAUGUUGAACACUACCGGUAAUAAUCUUGCAAUGAGCCACAAA